GCAGCCAAAACACGAUGAUCAGUACCACGCAUGCGUAAUCACAUGCAGCCAUCACUGUGCGAUGGGUGACAAAUUGAAAUCAUAGAAUUUAAAUACAAAACACAAAAUGGCUCGAGUCGAUAAGGAAUUCUUAAAGAAUAUGUUCAGCAGGAUCGAUAAGGACAAAAAUGGAUCGAUCAGUGCUGACGAACUGCAACAAGCCUUGGGAAAUGGUGCAUGGACAGCAUUUAACCCAGAAACCAUCCGUCUGAUGAUAGGUAUGUUUGAUACAGAUGGGAAUGGUGUGAUUGAUUUCAACGAGUUUGCGGCGCUAUGGCAAUAUGUUUCUGACUGGCAAAACACGUUUCGUAGUUUCGAUUUGGAUAAUUCUGGAACGAUUGACCGAAAUGAAUUAAAAGCAGCACUGCAAAGCUUUGAGAGAUUCUAUGGUAUUUUGAUCAGAAAAUUUGACCGCAGCGGAAGUGGAGAUAUUCGAUUUGAUGAUUUCAUCCAGUGUUGUGUUGUCCUAAAGACGUUGACAAAUGCUUUCAAAUAUCAUGAUCGCAACUUGAAUGGCUGGAUAACAGUGACCUAUGAACAAUUUCUUACUAUGGUGUUCAACUGCAAGAUGAAGACAGUUGAAAAGUGAUCAAGUAUUGAAAGAACUAAUCGUAUUACAGUAUCGCCUUCCAUUUUAGGCGACUGACCGAUUUCCGUGUUUAUAUUUUCAAUAUAAUUUUUUAUAUAAAAUAUAUUGUCUUGUUGCAUUCGUGAUCAGCUUGUAUCAGG